AUGGGCACUGCUGCCAAAGAAGAAUUACCCAGCGGAUUAAAAGAACUCAAAAUAAGCAAGAGAGUUAGGCAGCAUAAUGACGACAAUAAUUCUGGCACGACGAAUGCUCGCAGGGCAGAAGUUAUAUCAAAGGCGACUGUGGUGCUCGAUGCCCCUAAAAAAUGCAGCACAAUAAAUGAAUCCAUUAGAAAUAGUGAACAUCAUAUGAGAACCAAAUCUGACCGGACAUCGGCCGAACCUCUGGAAGCACAAUCGAAUAAAGCAUCUAGUUGCCCGAACAUUCCCGAGACCCGGGUGGACGAAGAGCGAAUAACUGAUAACCAAGUGAAAAGUGUAGAUUCCGACCCUGAAUCAGAUUCAGAAUCCUCAGAAAACUGGUCGACACUGCCCGCGAUUGCUUCUUAUAACAUAUACGACCGAGAUGGCGCUCUCGCUAUACCCGCGCGUGAAAGUAGCCCUAGCAGGUCCCAAGGCCUUCAAAGCACAUCUCCCACAAGAUCUAGGGAAUUAGAAGCCACUAAACAAAAGGCUUCAAUUUUUGGAUACACGAAAGUCACUGGCGAGGAGCAGGCAUAUCGCUCACACAAGACUAAUCAAAAAACAGAUUUCCUCUUCAAUCACAAGGUGCUGAAUAAGUCCAGCCGCUCUUUGAAUGAUUCCGCAGCAACUGAUGAGCUUUAUGAUGAGUAUGAAGAGGCUGAGGAGCAUAUAAAUGACUUAACUCCUGUAAAUCAGCUUUCUCUUACCAAGAAUCUACUUAAUGAUAAGGAGAAGUUUGCUUACGUUGGAUCCGUGAGCGUGUUGAUAAAUCAAAUGUGUACCGAUUUGGCCUUAACAUGUUUGUCAACCAAUCUUACUGGACACAAGAAAUUAGCACAGCGCCUACAGAAAAUACAAAAGAGUAUGGGGCAAUGGAAAACGGCAAUACUUUCUCGUCUUUUUGAACAUUUUGAUAUCUUACCAGAAGAAGUGCAGAUGAUUGAAAAGCUUACAAUGCAUGGUGUUGCGCUAGAGGAUAUAUGCAAAUGCCUCAGGGUCUCACAACUUAUAGAUAAUCCUUUUGAGGAAAAUGACGACUUGGCAAAAAAAGAUGCUAUUCAAAAGGAAGGCCAGAAUAAUCCCCCGCCUUCAAAUGUCAUUCAGCUGGAAGAUGUGAAGGAUAAGAGCGAGCUUGAUAUUGAUAUAGCUUGGACAAUUAUAUGUGAUUUGUUUUUACUUCUGCUUGCCGAUUCUACGUACGAUUCGCGCUCGCGUACUCUGUUAAUCCGAUUUGCGAAAAUCCUUCAAAUAUCAAAUACAGACAUAUGUGAGUUUGAAAGGAGAAUUACAGAUGCUUUAGAUAUGGAACAAUCUACAGAAGAUCAGGUGUGGAACGAAACGGAUCACAUGAAGGUCAGACGAAAAAAAAAUCGAAAGCGAAAGAUAUGCUAUGUUGGGCUGGCAACAAUAGGAGGAUCUUUAGUGCUGGGUUUAAGCGGUGGACUUUUAGCUCCUGUUAUUGGAGCAGGAAUUGCAGCAGGUCUUUCCACUAUUGGAAUCACAGGUGCGGCUGGUUUUCUCACCGGUGUUGGUGGAACUGCAGUAGUUGCUGCCACCAGUACAGCUAUUGGGGCCAAAAUUGGCACAGAGGCUAUGUCCAAAAGGAUGGGGAGUGUACGGACAUUUGAAUUUAGUCCUCUUCAUAAUAAUCGUCGAGUUAAUCUUAUAGUAAGUGUGUCUGGAUGGAUGAUAGGUAACGAAGAUGAUGUCAGGCUGCCAUUCUCUACUGUUGAUCCUAUUGAAGGCGAUCUAUAUUCUCUUCACUGGGAACCAGAGAUGCUUAAAUCUACUGGUCAAACUAUUAACAUUCUGGCAAGCGAAAUUUUUACGCAGACCAUUCAACAAAUUCUGGGGGCCACUAUAUUAACCGCUUUCAUGUCCGCAAUACAAAUGCCUAUGAUGUUAUCGAAACUUGGCUAUCUUAUUGACAAUCCGUGGAAUGUGUCACUCGACAGGGCUUGGUCCGCAGGUCUUAUCUUAGCUGAUACAAUCAUGUCCCGUAACCUUGGUCAAAGACCAAUUACUCUUGUAGGGUUCUCUCUAGGAGCAAGAGUGAUUUAUUCCUGCUUGCGAGAGCUUUGCAAAAGGAACGCAAGUGGUUUGGUUGAAAAUGUGUUUUUAUUUGGUACGCCAGUUGUUUAUAAUCGUGAUGAACUAGUUAUGGCGAGAUCAGUGGUGAGUGGUAGGUUUGUCAACGGAUACUCAGAAAAGGAUUGGAUUCUGUGUUAUCUUUUUAGAGCAACUAGUGGAGGGUUCAAAAGUGUGAAUGGCAUUUCACCAAUUAAUGGAAUCGAAGGGCUAGAAAAUUUCAAUUGUUCUGAUCUGGUUGAAGGUCAUAUGGCGUACAGAAAGCGAAUGCCAAAGUUACUAAAGGAGGUCGGAAUAUCUGUGUUGAGUGAGGAGUUUGCUGAUAUCGAAGCUGCUCCUGAUCCUGAGGAGGUUCAAAGGCAACGCCAGCUGAUCCAUGAUUUAGAUGAAGCUCAGAAAAAGCUUUCCUCAAAAAAAAAGCAUAAUAGCUGGGUUCCAAGAUGGUUUAAGCCCAAGAAAGCUAAAUGGCAAGAAAUGUGUGAAGAAACUGCAAUGACUCAGGAUGUUACUACUGGCCAGAGUGAACCCCGUGAAGGACAUGCGGACAAUGCCUUGUUCAACACUAGUGCUCUUUUGGCAGAGUUAGCUAAUAUAAAGCAGGCUAUUGCAGAACAGGCCGAAGAUCACCCGGAAUCCAAAACUAACGAAGUUUCGGAGAAUAUUUCACCUGACGAAGCACCUACCGAUGAAGUCAUGGAUGAGGUAUGCAAUUCAUCAAAUGAGGUCACAGAACCCAAGCCUCCAAGAAGUCCUCACAAAUUUCAAUUGCUGAGUGCAGGACGGGUCGUUUUACCCGAAGAUAACUAUCACUUUAAAAAGAAACAGGGUGAAAAGGUGGAUUUCACCUUUUCAGACGACUUUUAG